AAAAGGCAAACAACAUUUUUUGGCCGACAAUACGCGAGGUGAACACAACCAGAGACCACAUUCACCACAAUUCCGGUCAUCGUGAUGUUGAGGGGAGAUGCGUUCACGUGCGCUUCACAGUGCUGCAGAGCGAGACCAGUGGAUGGCCCGGGCUAGUGCUACAGUACGCUCCUCCUUCGGUCGCGGAGCUAGUAGUAGCAGCUAUGGACUCUACUGUGUUACCGAGAGGGUUUCCACAGGUCUGGUUUAAAAGUUUGGGUCUGUUACUUGAUAACAGAUCGCCAUUAAACUAGCAAGCCAGACAGCUAGCUAGUUAGUUAUAAUGCAGCAAAGACAGCUCUGUCUGGAAGAGCAGUACGUAGUAGCUAACCAGCUAGGUAGCUAGGUAUCAUUUGGAGAUUUCAGCAACAUUUCAAGAAAAUGCUGAAUUAUCUGGCAACGUUGUCAAGCGUUAUUAUAAAUGUAGUCCGACUUCAUUCACAAUUAGUACGCGUCUAAAGACUCAAUCCAUUAACUGGUAGUGUGUAGCUUGCUGUCCAUCUCGCAAGAUAGCCAGCCUAGCAUUGUAGCAUGAACUACAUAGACAACAAGCCAGCGACGAGCUUUCAAGCUAACUGCACAUUAUGAGUCAUACGUAUUGGCAGGUCCUGGCCACGAACGAGUUGUCAUUCCUCUGUUUUUGAUGUGUGGGAUACCUUCCGAAAUAAAUCGCUGACACAGGUAGUGGGCGCUGUAAUGAUAGCUGACGUUAGAUUACCGCACCGGGCUGCACACUCGAAAGCACACAAGCCUGUAGCUAGCUAAUUAGCUACCUAGCUAUGAUGGCCAUCGGGAGCACUGAGACCUGUAUUACAAACGACGGGCAACCUCACCGAACGCUUGACAUGCCUCUGUCAACAGGAGGCAGAACAUGGAAACCGUGGAGAAAUUGAACAAAGACCUAGUUUCACAUAAACUGUUGGAUAAUAAGGUGCUUUCCAAACAGAAUGGCAGAACAGGUAUUGCCAAGCAUCUUUACAACACAUUCAAAAUACACACUUUGCAGAUUCAGUCCAUAAAUCGCUCAGAAUGUGCCACUGGCUCAUGUCCCAAUCUGAUGAUGAGUAGGAACGAACAGCAGGACGUCCGCUCGGCCCCCCUGGCCCCCUCGGCCCCCUCGGCCCUCACCCCCCAGCUGCCCCCCCGCGUCCACCGGCCCCUCUGCCUCUCCGUGUCCUCCGACAGCAAUGGCCGCUUCAAGACCCUGGAGACUCAGGAGUGGAAAAACAACCUCAAAGCUCAGAUGGAGCAGGCCCACAGCGCCGGGGCCGCCAGCAGCACCGGCUCCCUGGAGAGAGCCUCCCUGUUCUGCGCCUCUGGCCUGCCCAGCCCGGUGGAGACCCUCACCAAGAGCAAGUCCUCCAGUCGCUUCUCCCUGUUCUCCCCUCCCUGGAACAGCAGCUCUGAGUCCGACUCCAACCCCCCCUCCCGCUCGGGCUCCAAGAAGCUGCGGAACUACAGUCGCCGGGCGGCUACCGGGCCGGCUGGCGUGGGCGGCAGGACCCCCGACGCCCCGGAGCCCAAGCCCAGCGGCCCCGAGCACUUCCAGUACACCGAGCCCGUCAUCUCCAAGGUGACGGACUACAUCUACGUGGGCAACCUGAACGCAGCCUACAGCGGGCGCACGCUGUGCCGCAACAACAUCGACAUCAUCAUCGACAUGAGCGGCCUGCCUGGAGAGCCGUGCCCCAGCCCCUGCCUCAGCCUCAUCCCCUGCACCUGCUCCCGCGGGGCCCGUCACAGCUGGUCCCGCCUCAAGGUGGACAUAGCACAGGUCCCCGACGCACCGGGCGAGAGCCCCGCCCUCAAGCAGCGCUGCUUCGACGACAUCAACGGCUGCAUCGACGCGUCCACGGAGAAGAGGAAGCGUGUGCUGGUGCACUGCCGUGACGGCUACUCUCUGGCGCCCGCCUGCAUCAUCCAGUACCUGAUGGUGAAGCAGAACAUGAGGCUUCUGACCGCCUACGAGCUGCUCAGAGCCAAGUACCCCCUGAACAUCCGAGAGUGCCACCAGGACGUGCUGGUAAGCCUGGAGAGGGCUCUGAGGCCGGGGGGCAGCGUGGACCCUGAGGGCUUCAAGCAGGCCAUCUCCCGGAGGGUAGCCUGGUCCUGACGGGCUCACACACUCUGAUCAUCUGGGUUUUGUUUUUUUGGUUCAUUGUACGGGUAUUUGAUUGGUUUUGGUUUUGGGGGGUUUUCUAGAGUGAACUACGGGCAGCUUUACAUGUUGUCGUUAGACUAGCCAGUCAGGUGUAGUUGUCACACCCGCAUCACAAAAGUUGUGAAAUGGAAUUGCUGCUGGUGUUGCCAUUGAACAGCCUGUGAAUGUGAUCUGGGAUCUCCUUUAGUUUUUCUCUCCAUUUCCAUACGAGGAGACAGAAAAGAUGUUCUGUGUACAGCUGCUUAACUAAGUCAAAUGAUUAUGUUCUAGAUUCCAAGAAGUGAGCUAAAAAGGAUGCCUUUGGCCGCUCAUCUUGCAGCCAUGGGUCAGGUUUGGUUUCAGGGGACUACGAAUAUGAACAGAAAUGCUUGGAAGACUCAGGAGACCUAUUGAUGUCAUUCCAAUAAGCUACAAACUGCUUCUGGUGCCUGGCAACAGAAGACUGGACUUGUUACUGGAUAAUCUGCCCGUCUCCUGGUGGGUGGAGGGCACUGGAGGGGCCACAUGCUGGGAGACUUUGCACAUGGAUACCUGUUGCUGUACAUGGGAGCCUCUACUCUUACCAUCUUAGACACGGACAAUAUGGGAUCCUCAAGACAUUUUCCAUGGUCACGAAACCAGUUGGAAGAUCAUAGCUGCCCUCUGUGAGGAAAACUGUCUUAAACAAAGUGACAUUCUUUUAACCUUUUUUUGACGUAGUGGUGCUUGGAAACUGUGGCUUUGUGAUUUUAGCUUUGGUGUAUGCAGUGAAACUGGUGGUCAGUACCUUUUUUUUAAUACAAAGUCAGUAUUAGAAUCAGGCUGAAUAACGAUUCAAUGUGUUAUACUGCAACAGAUCUAAUUGCACUACUCACAAGACUCCAGAAAUGCACCGUUUGGUAGGUUGUAGUGAGCGGACAGUGCUUUAGCCAGUUGGAUCACUUUUUGAGUUUACAUGACUUCUCAAAGACCUCUGGAUUUCAAUUAAUGUAAUAACAUUGUGUUACAUUAAAUUAGGUAAUUACAUAGUGAUCUAGUCUAGUUAAUUACAUAGUGAUCUAGUCUAGUUAAUUACAUAGUGAUCUAGUCUAGUUAAUUACAUAGUGAUCUAGUCUAGUUGUUUCAGUUCUUAGCCUCCGGAGUGGUUGCAGUGUCACAGAGGAGGAAUAAUUUAGCUUCUCAAUAACAUCCAUGUAGAUAUUUCUUGUCAGGUUGUAGUACAUUUGUGUUAAUCUGUGGUGAUUCUAUAUGAAAGGAAGCUGGAGGUUUGGUGCUGUGGUUUGGGUUGGUGUCUUGUGACGAUACAGUGACACUUGCACACAUUGUAUGCAGUUGUUGGGCAUUGAUAACGUUUUUGUUCACUUUCCUAUUGAUGCUAUUAAUGUUUUAUCAGGACACAUGAUGUCAUGAUAUUACGAAAGAAUCUUCUUCUGUGAAUUGGUUUAAUGCUGUAACUUCUGUUGGUGAUAAGUCGCUGUAUAGUGCUUGUAUUUUUACAAAUGCAAAAUGUGGUGACCAAUCAUCCAUGUUGAUUAUGAGGUAUUUUGUUUUCUUCUGUUAUUAACUACUUUGGCCAUCGUUUCCCUUGACAGAAAAAUACUUUUUUUUUUUUCUUAAGGCAACCACUAUAGCGUUUUACUCUUUAAAACUGAAUUUAUGUUCUAGUAAAGAUGAUUUUGGCCAAAAGUGUUCUGGAUGUUUCAACAUGUUACAACUUGUUCUCAGGUGAAUUCUAAAUGGUCCAUAAUCUUCUGGAUAAUUACGAAAUUAUAAUAUGUGAAGCAAUGUAUUUCCUGUGUCAUGUUUUUUAGAGUCUGAUGCAUUUUUAUGUGUAAAUAUGAUAGGGAAAUGCAUAUUAUUCUAAACAUUAUCUCCAUAACUCUAAGAUGUGUGUGGUCUGGUUUGUUGAUUAGAUCAGUGGUCUGUGAGGGUUAUUAUUAUGAAGUGCUGCCAUCAUAUUAGAUAUUCUGGGGUCUGUUUCCCCCAUGUUGCAACCCUGUCACAUUUGGAAGGAAGGGGUAACAGUUUACAUGAAAAUUAAGCAAAGUUGCAAAUACAAAAAUAA